UGCCCAAACCCCAAUUGCUUCAAGAGGCUAGGCCGAUGGUAUCAAUUAGAUGUGCAUCUCAAGAGCCACUUCGGCAUAGGGCACUUCUCCUGUUCAUACGAAGACUGCAAGAAGAUAUUCGCAAGCCAAGAAAUUAUGAAGCGACAUUUAAAAAGUGUACACGAAAAAAAACUAUACCAGUGCGAUGGCUGUUAUAAGAGCUAUAACCGAAAAGAUGAGUUGACACGACAU